UCAAGCCCCGCGUUGGGCUCUGUGCUGCCAGCUCGGAGCCUGGAGCCUGCUUCAGAUUCUGUGUCUCCUUCUCUCUCUGCCCCUCCACCGUUCACACUCUGUCUCUGUCUCUCAAAAAUAAAUAAACACUGAAAAAAAAAAAAACUGUAGUACUGGCAUAAAGAUAGACUUAAAGACCAAUGGAACAGAAUAGAGCCCAAUAAACCCUCGCAUAUAUGAUCAAAUGAACUUCAACAAGGGUACCAAGAAUAUACAAUAGGGCAAGGACAGUCUCAACAAAUGGUGGUGGGGAAACUGGAGAUCCAAACGCAAAAGACUGAAGUUAGACCUUACCUUACGCCACAUAUAAAACUUAACUCAAAACGGAUUAAAGGCCUAAAUGUGAGAUCUAAAACUAUAAAACUCCUAGAAGAAAACACAGCGAAAAGUUUCGUGACAGUGAAUCUGGCAAUGAUUUCCUGGAUGUGACACCAAAAGCACGGGUAACAGAAGCAAAAGUACACAAAUGGGACCACAGCAAACGAAGACUGCCUUCAAAGGGAAGCCACUUCUGCCGCUCAGGCACCCUCGCCCACACUCCUCGCCCCGGCACCUGCCUCGGCCUCGGUAAGGGGCUCCCCACAGUCAGCUGAAGGCUGCCCCAGAGAGUCCUAAACGCGGUUGUCCAGACACUGGACUUCUCAGAAACAAGGCGUUCUCCUAUGAGGGAAUUUCAGUUUCUCUUUCCUUCUUGGCACAAGUCCAGGGAAGGGACUCGUCGGAUGCCCUUUCUCUGCGGCUCAGGCAGCCUCACCCACACCCACGUGCUCACCUGCUUCAGCGACUAGCUCCGCCUACUUAGGCCUUUUCAGGCCCAGUGGAGAUUCCAAUUUCCACUUGCCUUUUCACUUUACAUACAUCAGCUGGGAUUGCCCAGCGAGCCUGGCUAAAAGCGGAGCCAUGCGGCCAGGGAAGCAGUCGAGAUCGGGCCAUGGCUCCAGCUUGGGUUGUGGUGCUGGUGACCGCGGUGCUGGGCUUGACCAGCGCGGGCCCUGUCCCCACUUCCAGGCCCCCCGCAACCAGGAGGGGCUGCCACGUGGGCAAGUUCCCAUCUCUGUCGCCGAGGGAGCUAGAAGCCUUCAAGAAGGCCAGGGACGCCUUAGAAGAGUCACUCCCGCUGAAGAACUGGAGCUGUGGCUCUCGCCUCUUCCCCAGGACCAGGGACCUGAUUCGACUGCAGGCCUGGGAGCGCCCUGCGGCCUUGGAGGCUGAACUAGACUUGACGCUGAAGGUCCUGGGGAACAUGACCGACUCAUCCCUGGGUGUCGUCCUGGACCAGCCCCUUCGUGUGCUGCGCCACAUCCACUCCGAGCUCCAGGCCUGUGUCCGGGCUCAGCCCACGGCAGGACCCAGACCCCGUGGCCGCCUGCACCACUGGCUGCACCGGCUCCAGAGGGCCCCAGAGGAGUCCCAGGGAUGCCUCGAGGCCUCCGUCACGUUCAACCUCUUCCGCCUCCUCACGCGGGACCUGAAGUGUGUCACCGGUGGAGACCUGUGUGUCUGAAAACCUGGACCCGACCCCAGCCCGUCCGGGACCCAGACCUUCCGUAUGCACCAGGCCUCAUCCUUCCUUAAGUUAUUUCCUUUCAAUCCCUUAUUUAUGGACCUGCAGCCCCGCUCCAUAGCCAUAAGAAAUGUUUAUUUUUUUACUUUUGUGCAAUGUGCAGCAAAUAAACAGUAAGGAAGAGAGAAAAAAAAAAGAGCCAACUACUCUGGAGAUGGAGAGAACAGAGGAACAUGUUAAACAACAGUGGGAGCUGCAAUCGGCAAAGUGCAGACUCUAGUGAACUCUAAAGGACUAAAAAUCCAGCUUGACAAAAACAUUUCAAGGAAAAAAAAGAGAAAGAUAGGGUCCCUAUACUCUACAGGAACAGCUUUGAGGGUAACGGUGAUUUAAAGGUCUAUCCACGAAAUGCAAUAUGGAGACCUUAUUUGAGCCCUGAUACAAACUGUUUUUAAAAUAUGAAUUUAGGGGCACCUGGGUGGCUCAGUCGGUCAAGCGUCCAACUUCGGCUCAGGUCAUGAUCUUGCAGUUCGUGAGUUCGAGCCCCGCGUCAGGCUCUGUGCUGACAGCUCGGAGCCUGGAGCCUGCUUUGGAUUCUGGGUCUCCCUCUCUCUGCCCCUUCCCCGCUCAUGCUCCAUCUCUCUCUGUCUCUCAAAGAUGAAUAAACGUUAAAAAACAAUUUUUUUAAUAUGAAUUUAUACAACUGGACAUCAGAACAUUGACUGCCUAUCUAUCGCUAUUAAAGAAUUAUAAAAAUUUAGAUGUGAUAAUGGUAUGGUGUUUUAAAAGUCCCUUGUCUUUUAGAGACACAUACUGAAAUAUUCCACUGAAGCAGAUGUCUGGAAUUUCCUUCAAAGGAAUUUAGGAGGGAAGUGGAUGGACAGGUAAAAAGGAAACCAGGUUGGCCACAAGUUGGUAGCUGUUAAAUCAUGGAAGCUGGGUUCAUUUGUACCUCUUUUGUAAAUAAGAUGGUUUCUUAAAUGAGAAUAUGGGCCGGGGGAGGGGGGUGGCGUUUAAGCAAGAUAAUGGCUCAUUCCUCUCUUACAUAAAAACUCUGGAGGUAGGCAGGGCAGGCUGGCUAUGAUGGCGGCUUCUUAAGCAUCAGGGACCCAGCCGCUCCCAACCGCCCCUCCCUCAUCACUUGGCUUCUGCCUCAGAGUCUCACUGGGCCGCUCCAUUCCAACCAGGAAGGAGGCUCAGGUGGGAAGAAGAAAAGAUCCUUCAAAGACAUGUCUGAGAAGCCACACGAACCACUUCUCCGUCCCACUGCCCAGACACGGCCACAUGACCACGCCUGGCUGCAGGAGCGGCUGGGGAAGGCAGUCUUUACCCUGGAUGGCCAUGUGCCUAAAAAUCGGGGCUUCUAUUACCAAGGGAGAAAGGGUGGGAGGAGACAGGGGUUCAACUCAAAGCGUCUGCCACAGCUCUUCUCUCUCUCUCUGAGACUGGUAAUCGGGCGGGCGGGGUGCCACAGAUCGGUGCUCGAAGCGGGCAGCAGGGCUACUGGGCAGCUGGCGGGCACGAUGUUAAACAUGCUUGUCGUUUACAUACACAGAUUAAGCAAUCUGCUCUGAAGCCACCACUCUGCUCCGGGCGCAGCAGCAAGUGUCUGGCUUCCUCCGCUCUCCCAGGCUAGGUGCGCAUCUCUAGGAAGCCGCUCUUCCUGGCGGUGCCAUUUCCUGGGCUGCAGCUAAAACCCAACCCAGCUCUUGGGCCUCGGUCUGGCCCAAGGCCUGGAUUAUUUGUUCACCGGCGCACGAAAUGGAGAAACCUGCUAUUCUCUGACCGCUGAGGGGCCUUGUAGGGGCCGACCCGGCAGUGGUCACCGUCAUGCAGAGACCCUGCUGCUACCAAAAGCCAGGAUGUCCCAGGGCUCCUGGGUGGCUCAGUCAGCUAAGUGUCCAACUUCAUCUCAGGUCAUGAUCUCACGGUUCAUGGGUUCGAGCCCC